UUACCAACCAUUAAACGCACAGGUAUUUGCAGGCAGGUAAAGGACAUCUAGUGUUUUGCAUUUCUGUUCUUCUGCACAGGUAAACAAAAUUCUAAACGCAUUUGAAUACUCAAUUCAAUUUAGAAUUGUAUGUCAAGCUAAAUUGUCUGAAAUAUUAUGGCGGUGCAUAAAUUAGUGUUUUUAUUUUUUAUAAUAUCAAUAGUUGAAUUUAAAAUAAUAUCGACAGCGCCACAUAUGGCAAAUCCAAAACAAAAUGUCAGUUUAAGCAUAACUGAAGAUUAUAAAGCGCUACGUAACGAUGCACAGUGGUUUUUCCAACAUGUAGAAAUCAUAGCCGAUUCAUUGGUGCAAUUUUUACCCGUUGUAAAUAAGGAAGGCAGUAGAUCCUUGACGGCGAACACAAAUAAUGCCACAUUUGUGGAGAACACACGUCUCACUCUACUGCUUGGGCUACGUCAUAUGCUUGUAGGUGUUAAGGAAAUCUCAGUUGCCUUCCAACGCAGAUUAUCUGGUGAUCAUGAGCAACAACUGCAAUAUUUAAAAACCGUCGCCCAACUGCUGCAGGAUGCCAUUCGAUUUGCUAAACAUUGGUUUUCACUGCUUCGUAAUAGUCUUGCGGAGAUAUUCCGCUUAUACAACCACUAUAUACCGGAAGUGUUACUGGGCAAAUGUUUUGGAAAAUACAUUACAACUGCUUACCCUGAUCGUAACUUUUAUGAAUACCCAUUCAUUCUACUGGGUGAGGUUAUCGAUUUCGGUUUUACUUAUCUACAAAGCAUUCCAAUAUACGAUGUUGUCGAUGAAAAUAUUACAACACCAUUACCAAUAGAAGAUGUCUCAUAUGAACAGAACGAAAUUUGGCCCGAUGAUAUGGAGAAAUACUCAAGAAGUAUUGGUUCAGCAAGGGAUGAUCAUGCACAAACAGCAAAUACACAACAUCCAUGGCAGAAAUGUUUGAAAAUGUAUGCAGCAGAUAGCAUUUCAAGACAGUUAAAAUUAUUUUUCAUUGGAGAUUAAUAUUAAAUCUAUUAUUAUUGGUUUUGUGUUUCUACGUUAUUUUGGAUCUAGCAGCCUACGCAUUUUCUUUUUGUAAACAUGAACGUAUUGAUAAAAA